UUCCUGUGAAGCCAUCACCAGUCUGAACGCUCAGAUGAAGCCUGACUAAGGCUCAGUGAACAAACAUGACAGUUUGUUCCUGUGAACAGAGCUGAUCUGUGGUCAGAGUGUCGCCGCCUCACAGGAAACACAGACAGAGUGCAUGAUGGGCCUGAAGACGCUGCUGCUCGUCUCUCUGCUCGGCGUUCUGGCGCUAAGGGUCGCGGCGGGCAGCCAUCAUGGCCUCACUCUACCUGGAGCUCCAUACAACGUUAGCGAGAACGACCCCGGCCUCCAGCAGGCCGUCCUCGACGGCACCUACUUCUUCAACAACCAAUCGAACGACGCCUUCCUGUUCAAGCCCUCCUCCAUCCACAGAGCUCAGCGGCAGGUCGUGAAGGGAGUUCGGUACAUUGUAGAUUUGGAGAUUUCCAGAACCAUCUGCCAUAAACGAGACAACAAGGAUCUUUCCAACUGCGACUUUCAGCCAGAAGGUCGUCUGCACCAGACGUUUCAGUGUCACUGUGAGGUUUGGGUGAUUCCCUGGCUGAAAGAGAUUAAAACUGAGGAGUUCAGCUGUAAAUCCUGAAACCACUGGCUGACUCCAACCUCCAUCCUCCAUCCUCCAUCCUCCUCAUUCCUGAUGGAGUUCACUGUGAUGAUGACGGUUACCUCCACUUGUCUGACCUGCUGCUCCUCAUUUCAUCUGUAAAACUAAACCUUUCACAAAAAGUUGUUCUGUAGAUGUAUUUCUCUUUUCUACACUGAAAUAUUCAGUUUGGUUGUGUGGUUGUGUUGCAUGCAGACGAGUCCACCUGCUGGUCAGGAGGAUGUACAGCGGCAGGUGGUCUGUCAAACAACACCCAGAUUACAGAUUGAAUCAAAACUGAGUUCAGAACAGAAUUUAAAUUAAGAUGUUUAUAUCACCAUAAAGUUAUUGUAAAAACUGCAAUAAUAAAAAAAACAACUUUAAAAAACAA